ACGCUCAGCAGGAGAGUGACUCUUCUUGACCAGGAAUGAGGAAGCUGCUUUACAGACACGCCUGUUUUCCACACGGCACUCAAACACAGAAGCAGCUCAGUUCAGAGAAACAGAAACUGAAGUAUUGUUGAGCUGUUGUGUGUUCGUGUCUCUCUGUAUUCAUGCAGUAAAAUGGCAGAAGCCAGGAUUUCAGUGGAUCAGAAUGCGUUCACGUGUCCAGUGUGUCUGGAUCUCCUGAAGGAUCCAGUGGCCAUUCCCUGUGGACACAGUUACUGUAAGAGCUGUAUUACAGGCUGCUGGGAUCAGGAGGAUGAGAAGAGAGUCUACAGCUGCCCUCAGUGCAGACAGACCUUCAGUCCAAGACCUGCUUUAGGUAAAAACACCAUUCUGGCUGAAAUGGUGGAGAAACUGAAGAAGACUAAACUUACUGCUGACUGUUACGCUGGAGCUGGAGACGUGCAGUGUGACGUCUGUACUGGAAGAAAAUACAAAGCCGUCAAGUCCUGUCUGGUGUGUCUGGAAUCAUUCUGUCAAACUCAUUUUGACCGUCAUGAGGAAUUUCACUCUCGUAAACCACACAAAGUGAUCGAUGCCACUGGACGACUGCAGGACAUGAUCUGCCCUAAACACGAUAAAGAGCUAGAAAUGUACUGUAUCACUGAUCAACAAUGCAUCUGUGUGUGGUGUAAGGAGUAUGAACAUAAAAACCACAACACUGUAUCAACUGCAGCACAGAGGACAGAGAAACAGAAACAGCUGAAGGAGACGCAGAUGAAGAUCCGUCAGAGAAUCCAGCAGAGACAGAAAGAUCUUCAGCAGCUGAGAGAGGCUGUGGAGUCUCAUAAGCGCUCUGCACAGACAGCAGUGGAGGACAGUGAGAAGAUCUUUACUGAGCUCAUCCGCUCCAUUGAGAGAAGCCGCUCUGAGGUCACACAGCUGAUCAGAGAUCAGGAAGAGGCUGCAGUGAGUCGAGCUGAAGGACGACUGGAGCGACUGGAGCAGGAGAUCAAUGAUCUGAGGAGGAGAGACGCUGAGCUGGAGCAGCUUUCACACACACAUGAUCACAUCCAUUUCCUGCAGAGUUUCCGGUCUCUCUCAGCACCUCCUGAAUCUACAGAUGAACCCGACGAUCCCUUCAGUUCUCUCUUCUCUUUUGAUGGCAUGAGAGAAUCUGUCCGUCAGCUGAGAGACAAACUGGAGGAUUUCUGCAAAGAGGAGAUCAAGAAGAUCUCUGGCAGAGUCACAUUCACCGACAUGAAUCCCAAGACCAGGAACGACUUCCUACAAUAUUCCCAUCAGCUCACUCUGGAUCUGAACACAGUGAAUAAAUUCCUCCGUCUGUAUGCGGAGAACAGAGUGAUAACUUACACUGAAAGAGUCCAGCUGUAUCCUGAUCAUCCAGACAGAUUUGAUGAGAGGUAUCAGGUGUUGUGUAGAGAGAGUGUGUGUGGACGCUGUUACUGGGAGAUUGAGUGGAGUGGGUAUAGUGUGUGUAUAUCAGUGUCAUAUAAGAGCAUCAGCAGGAAGGGAUUGGGUGAUGAGUGUAGGUUUGGAUUUAAUGAUCAGUCCUGGAUGUUGAGCUGCUCUUCCUCCAGAUACUCAUUCUGGCACAAUAACAUACACACUGAUCUCCCUGUAAAGUCCAUCAGCAGGAGAAUAGGAGUGUUUGUGGAUCACAGUGCAGGAACUCUGUCCUUCUACAGCGUCUCUGACACAAUGAGCCUCAUCCACACAGUCCAGACCACAUUCACUCAGCCGCUCUAUCCUGGGUUUAGGGUUUGUUUCUCUGGAUCAUCAGUGAAACUGUGUUGAUGUUUCAGAACAAACUGUAGAGAGAUUUUACCCAUAAUACUUUGAGCUGCAUGAUAAAUCAGUAACAUUGAGAUGAUACAAAUGAUACAAAUGUGUAUUAAAUCCUCAUAGAGACAGCAA